AUGGAGGGCUUCUGGCCAGGCACCUACACCAUGGUCGCGGGGAUCAUCUGGCAACUGUUCUCGACCUGCGUGUUCACCACCAUGCUCGAGUACGUUAUCUACCGUUCGAUGCGCCAGAUCGUCAGGAACCCGCCCCUGCGCAAGAUCACCUCCGCCCUGAUGAUCGCGUGCACUUGCAUGGUCGCCAGGGGCAUCUAUCGCAGCAUGGAGCUGAUGAAUGGCUGGGAGGGGUAUCUGUUCACCCAUGAGAUAUAUGCCGUCAUCCUCGAUGCCCUGGUUAUGUUCAUUGCGAGCUUGACCUUGGCGAUUUGGAAUCCGGCAAAGUUGAUCCAGGAGGCGAGGGAGUAUGGGGGCGUGGAGUUGGUGGAGCUGAGAGGGGAGGAGAGGGAUUCCAAGAAGGGGAGUGGCGAGUAUAGACCUGUGGAAGAGGAGCCGGAGGCUGCUCUAGUGGAGUAG